AUGGCUUCUUCAUUUGCUUUCGAAAGUGGACAGUCAAGGACAAAUGCUCCAAGACUAUGUUAUUGUGGAGAGAGAUCCCAUGUGAAGACUUCAAUGACAUCUGGAAAUAUGGGUAGAAGGUUUUAUGGUUGUGCAAGAUAUGGGGUUGAUCCACCCAUGUGCCAACGUGGGAGGGAGGUGUUGCCAAAGAUGGUUGCAAAGAUGAACAAAUUGGAGAAGGAACUAGCAAGAAGUCGUAGAAGGGAGAAAAUGUUUUGCAAAGCUCUGUUUGGGACAUGGAUUUUUUUCUUUAUCAUGACAAUGUUCUAG